UCGACAUUGUACGGGAAAAUAAAAGUACAUACCUCUUGCUUGCUUACACGAAGACACCAACACUGCCUCUACCGCAUCUGGUAGCUUCACACAGCGCCAUGCCUGAUCUAGCCCUGGAUACAGAUGCUACUGUUGUUGUGACGGGGGUCAACGGGCUGGUAGGGAGCCAUGUGGCCGACCAGCUGCUAAAGAGAGGGUACAAUGUCCGCGGCGUGGUGAGAGACGCUGAGAAGCACAAGUACCUGGUUGAGUACUUUGGUGAGAAGCACAGAUACGCAAAGUUCGAGCUCGUUGGUGUGCCGGAUAUGACGGUUGAGGGAUGCUAUGAUGAUGUUGUCAAAGAUAUUGGCGGGUUCGUCCAGGUCGCGUCGCCUAUGGGCACCAUCCUCGACGUUGACGAGGCUAUUUCGGUUGCUGCAAAUGGAGCCAUAAAUGCCCUCAAAGCUUGCGCAAAAAGCCCUUCGUGCAAACGCUUCAUCUUCACUUCUUCGUCCGUUGCGGCAACUUUUCCCCAUCCCGAUGUAGAGAUGUCAAUCGACGAGAAUGCGUACAACGACGAAGCACUGCAGACUCUGAGGAAAGAUCCAAACACACCGGGGCUGUAUAGCUACGCCGCCAUGAAGGUGGAGACUGAAAAGGCGAUGCGCGAGUGGAUGCAAGAGAACAAACCAGACUUUGUCUUGGUUUUUGUUCUCCCCAACAUGAACCUCGGUGCCGUUCUCAUUCCUGAGCAUCAGGGAUACCCCUCAACCAUCAAUUUGGCCCGCCAGGCAUGGUUGGGCCAGCACCUCGAAAUGUUCGCCACAUUUGCCGGUCCACAAUGGUAUGUCCAUCCUGUCGACUGUGCAUUGGUGCAUGUUUCUGCACUGAUUUAUAAGGAUGUGGGUUCCGAACGCCUAUUUGCAUUUGCAGAGCCUUGGGACUACAACAAGAUGCUGGACAUCUGGCGAAAGUUGUAUCCUGAAAGGAAGUUUCCGGACCCUAUCGAGGGAUUGGGUGUAGACAAGAUGGAGAUUCCAAACAAAAGAGCAGAGGAAUUGCUGACGUGGGUCAAGGGGGCGGGAUGGGAUAGCCUCGAGAAGGGAUUAAAAGAAAUGACUGAAAGCUGGGUUUGAGAGACGAUUGCGAUAGAAUGAUAGA